UAUUUGCAACCAAACUACACACACAUAACUCCAACCCACUUCCCAACAUUUUUCAAAUUCAAACUUCAUCAAACUAACACUACUUAAACACUUCAAUCAAUCUUCCUAUUUAUCCCAAAAUGUCAAAAUCCGAAAAUGACACCACCCCUCUUUCAGAGCUCAAGCGCAAUCGUAGUGCUGCUAACGGUGUUUUGGCGGUCAAUAACGGCCAAAACACCGUGAAGGAUAAAGAGAACUCGGAACCCAACAAGGUGAAAAAGAGCUCAGACCCUGUAAUAGACAAGGAGAAUGUGGAUUCCAAUAUCAACAAACAAACGCCGCCUAUCGCCAAGUCUCGGGUGAAAGACAAGGCAUGGAAACCAUCUUCGUUGCAGCUGUGUAUGCAGUUGAAUGAUAAUCCCAACUUUGGUUCACAGUUCUAUGAGCCACUUGAUUCAAGUAAAAAUAAUUCUGGGAAUAUUUGGGAUUAUUCGGAUUCGGAAUCUGCUCCUGCUUCCUCAUGGUCUACAAUUCCCAACAGGUCUUUGUUGUGUAGACCUUUGCCGGUUGACAUCGGACGAUGUAGUUGCAUUAUUGUGAAGGAGAAAUCGGUUGAUGGGCUUAGUGGUGGAAGUCUUUACACACUCUACACCAAUGAGGGUCAAGGAAGACAAAAUAGGAAACUUGCUGUAGCUUAUCAUAGAAGGCACAACGGAAGAUCAGAAUUCAUAAUUGCUCAGAAUACAAAAGGCAUAUUAUGUUGUGCAGAUGACAGUUAUGUAGGGAGUGUCACUGCCAAUCUCAUGGGUUCCAAAUACCAAAUAUGGGAUCAGGGAAGGCGACUUAAUUCAGUCACCAAACAGUCCAAACUUUUAGCAUUGGUUUCGUUUGUGCCCACAAUAGCAACAUGGACCGGAAGUUAUAGGAGCAUGAAGGCAUGGCUUCCCAAACACCAAUCUAUGCAAUUGAAGAAUACAACUCAGGCACAACAUAUAAAUGGGCUACCUAAAAACUGGGAGGAGAGAAUGGACAGAGUACAUCAGCUGUUCUCAAAAGUUCCACACUACAACAAUAUUACAAAGCAAUAUGAGUUGGAUUUCAGAAAUAGGGGAAAAGCCGGACUUAAAAUCCAGAGUUCGGUCAAGAAUUUCCAGUUGACCAUGGAGAAAGAUGGAAGACAAACAAUUUUGCAACUUGGGAGGGUGGCGAAAGCAAAAUAUGUGAUGGACUACAGAUAUCCGCUAACUGGUUAUCAAGCCUUCAGCAUAUGUCUGGCUUCAAUGGAUUCAAAGCUUUGCUGCACAAUGUGACCAAAAAUUGAAAUUAAAGUGUUUUUUUUUUUUUUUUUUUUUUGUGAAAUUUAUCUUUGAAUUCUCUAUCAUUCCUUAUGAUAUGGUAUCUCCAUUUUUAUUAAAAGUUCUAAGAAGCUAUAAUUAACUAUUUGCUUUC